AUCAGCAUACCUUCAUCACCAUGGAGGGAACUUCAGUCAAGCUAUCUAUUCUGGUUGUCGUCCUUGUGGUUUUCGCGUCAUUUUUUUCUCCGUAUACAGCAGAAGCAAGGCGUAAGCACAUUAAGCACCGUCGUAAUUGCCACCCUCCUGUGAGGCCUUCCCCUGAGACGCCGUCACCAGCACCAGCAUCAGAACCUACUGAUGGUGUACCACCAUACCAAAUCCAUGGUUGUGGCUACCAAUGUAGUGACUCCAAUGACUGCGAUUGGCCCUGCACAGUCUGUUGUGCAAACCAAACCUGCUGUUACGAUGAGCCCUACAUUAUUUCAGAUCCAUUCCCAACACUUGCUCCAUCACCAAGCGUGGGAGAAUCAGUACCUGCACCAGCAUUGGCGCCUACUGAUGGUGUAGAAAUACCACCAUAUGAAAUCCAUGGUUGUGGCUACAAAUGUAGCGACUCCAACGACUGUGACUGGCCUUGCACAACCUGCUGCGCAAACCAAACAUGUUGUAACGAUGAGUCCUUUAUACCAACACUACCAUCACCUGCUCCUGCUCCUGUGAUAUUGAUUCCAUUACCAAGCGUAGAAGAACCAGCAGCAGCACCUAGUGAUGGUUUCGAUGUACCCCCAAACCAAAUCCAUGGUUGUGGCCAUACUUGCAGUGACUCCAAUGACUGUGAUUGGCCUUGCACAAUCUGCUGUGCAAACCAAACAUGUUGUAACGAUGAGUCCUUUAUACCAACAUUACCAUCACCUGCUCCCGCUCCACAGACUUUGACUCCUUUACCAAUUGUAGAAGCACCAGCGUCAGCACCUAGUGAUAGCUUUGAAGUACCACCAUACCAAAUCCAUGCUUGUGGCUAUCGUUGCAGUGACUCCAACGACUGCGAUUGGCCUUGCACAACCUGUUGUGCAAACCAAACAUGUUGUAACGAUGAGUCCUUCUAUAUGCCACCAUUUACAUCAUCUGAUCCACUGCCAUUCCCUCCUUUCUCACCAUCACAACCCCCAUCUUUACCUCCAUCUACAGGUGAUGAAGCCGAUAAUGAUUUAUUAGCACCAACAACCAGUUACUAUGAUGUAGAAGUUCCAGCAAGUCUUCCGCCACAAGAAUAUGAAUUUCUGCACCAUCAAGUAUAUGGUUGUGGCUAUGGCCCCUGCAGGGACUCCAUUGAUUGCGCUUGGCCCUGUACAACUUGUUGCGCCGAUCACACCUGUUGUCAGGAAGACUUGUUCUAAUAAAGCCUCAAACACAUAAAAUACCUAAGGAUGAUUCAACUACACAAAAUGUUAAACCUACUGUUGUGAUAUACUACUAGCAUGUAAACAAACUUCUUAUAUAGUAUCAUCCUUCAUUUUUCAGUUGCCAUGUCUGGUGAUUGGAUUUUUAUACUAUUGCUUCUGUAUCAUACAAUAUUACAAAUGUGAGCAAGAUCAAUAAAGAUUUUAUACGAUU